AGGGUGUUCAAUUAAAAUAAAAAUUAUGUUGGAGUAUAUUCUUUUCUGGUUAUUAUUGUUAUUUGUGCUACCGAUUUAUUUACACAAUAGAUUUGUGAAAAGCCAUGGGAAAUAUUUGAAAAACAUGCCAGGCCCUAGGCCUAAUCCCUAUUUAGGGAACAUGUUGGAUUUUCUCUGCCCAAAUUACAAAAUACUCGACGUUGUAUUGAAUUAUACAAAAAAAUACGGAAAUAUAAUAAAAGUUUACUACGGUCCCUUGCAAAUGGCUGUGCUAACUUGUGAUGAAAAAUUCUUGGAAUUCAUAAUGAACUCCAACAAAACAGUGAAAGGGGAUCAAUAUUUGUUUUUCCGAAAUUGGAUUGGAGAUGGAAUAUUUAUUAGUUCAGGCAAAAAAUGGAAAGCUCGGCGUCGCAUGUUAACACCAGCUUUCCACUUUACAAUACUUGAAAACUUCGUCGACAUUUUCGAAAGCUGUGGAGAUGUACUUCUAAAAAACCUAGAACCCUACGAAGGACGUGAGAGUUUCGAUAUUAAUAAAUUGAUAACGCUUUAUGCCCUUGAUGUAAUAUGCGAAUCUUCCAUGGGCACUAAACUCAACGCUCAAAUGAACGGGGAGAAUCAAUACGUAAAGGCAGUCAAACUUAUUUGCCAGAUUAUAGUAGAAAGGAGUUUUUCGCCGUUAAACCCAGUUUUAUAUCCUUUUACGUACAAUUUUUACAAAGAGCGAAGAGCACUGAAAGUUCUACACUCAUAUUCUGAAGCUGUUAUAGAUCAGAGAAUACGAGAGAUGAAUGAUAGGACAGAAAACCAGAGUGAACAAAGCGAAGAUGAUAUUGGAAUUAAAAAGAAAAUUUCAUUCUUGGAUUUGCUCUUGAGAGCUACUUGUGAUGGCAAACCAUUAUCAAAGGCAGAUAUUAGAGAUGAAGUAGAUACAUUCAUGUUUGCGGGUCACGAUACUGUAGCUUCCACCAUUUCGUUUACUUUACAUGCUUUGGCCAACAACCCCUCCGUACAGCAAAAAACGUUGGAAGAGCAGAUAGAAAUGUUCGGUGACAUAAAAUCGGCCAAACCCACGUAUGCAGAUUUGCAAAAUAUGAACUAUUUAGAUAUGGUUAUCAAAGAGUCGAUGAGGAUGUACGCUCCUGUGCCUUUGAUUGUGCGAAAAACCACAGAAGAAUUUGAAUGGGAAGGUAACGUUUUCCCCAAAGAUCUCACUAUCGGGAUAUAUCAAUUUUUACUUCAUAGAAGCAAAAAAUAUUAUGAAGAUCCAAUGAAGUUCAUUCCAGAACGAUUUUUAAAUGUAGACGGUAAACAUCCCUACAGAUUCAUUCCUUUCAGCAGUGGACCGAGGAAUUGCAUAGGUCAAAAAUUCGCAAUGGUACAAUUAAAAUGCAUAUUGUCUAAGAUAGUGCGAAACUUCGAACUGCUACCAGCAAAUCCAAACCCCGAACUGAAAAUAGCUCCUGAAAUAAUACUAGUAUCAAAAAAUGGUAUUACCAUAAGCAUAAGGAAGAGACAUUGACAGUUUGUUUUAGUGGGUGCAAUAGUUUGUAGUGUAAGUUUGAUAAAUAAAC